AUGAUUUUUUGGAUUGAUAACACUAGCAUAUAUGAUUGUAGAACUUACAGUCUCAUAAAACCAUAGUAAUAUGAUGUUUCUAUCAUUUUGGAUUACAUUAAAUAGGAAUAAUAAUAUAAUAGGAUUGAUCUAAAAGAUAAACUACCAAAAUUAUUAAGAACUCUUGCCUUAUUGCUUAUGAUUCAUAAUAAGAAUGAUAUUUUUAGAUUGUUACAAAUUUUAGCAUCAAAGGAUUUUAAAUUUACAAUACUUUUCAAUGAUUUUAUGAAAAGUCCUGCUGCAUUGUGGUAUAUAGAUAAGAUGAAGAUAGAAUUCGUGUAAAUGAUCAUGCAUCAAUAUAUCUAAGGAGAAUAUAAAUUUCUUGAAAAUUUAUUUAAAAAAAUCACUAAUUCUUAUGAGUAAUAUUUUUAGAAAUUUCAGAAUGAGUAAGGAACCCCAGAAUUUAAUUAAUAAACAGAAUUAGAGAUAUAAAUAAAUUAAAAUUAAGAUUAAACGAAAUCAAAUAAAGUUAAAGAUUAAUCUUAAUAAAAUUAAAUAUAAGAAAAAUUAAUAAAUUAAGUCUAGUAAGAAUAAUUAGAGUAGCGUAAUGAUUUAAGUAAAAUGAGUUCUGAAGAGAAUAAUCUUGAUUAAGCUUUAUAAAAAAGAAAUUAAUAAAUUAUGAUUCUUUAAGAUACUAAAAAUUAAAAUGAUUAGGUAGCUAACUAUAUAAUAUAAAAUAAAGAGUAAGUUUUAUAUCAAAAUUAAGAUUCUUAAUAAUAAAAAUAAAUAAAUAAAGAAAGAAAUUAAAAAACAACUAUUUAAAUAGAAGAUUAAAACCUAUAAUAAAAAUAAAAGGAAUAAAAUGAUAAUAAAUAAAACUUAGUAUAAUAGUAAUAAAGUCAAAAUUAAUCAAGCAAAAUAAUUUAGAAGGAUCAAAAUAAUACAGAAAAUCAAAAGGGAUGUUAAAUUUCAGAACAAUAAAAAGAAUUAUUCAAAUAAGUUUGCUAAGAUGAUAAACCAGAUAAAAAAAGUAAUAUUUUUCUUUAUAUUAUAAAUAGUGCUUGAUAUGGCAAAAAUCUUAUCAGAAAAAGCCUAAAAAAAAUCAGCCUAUUCUCCUUUAUAAUCUUUUUCUAAAUUUAAGCCCAAUCCAAAACCUUUAGAAAAAAUAACUGAAAAGUUUGAAAAAAGGACUAAUAUAGAAUAAAAAAUAGCUAAUAAAUUAAAUUAAGAACCAGAAAAGAUAAAUUAAUAUAUUGAUACUUUAACGGAUAAAGAAUAAUAAGAAUUUAAAUUUUCUCAAGAUACAGAAUUAAUUAAAUUAUUUGAUUUAUUAAAAGAAAAAUGCGAAUAAACUCAUUGGUGGCCUAAAUUUUAAGAUAAAUGUCAUUAGGCUAUGAUGGAUAAGGAACUUGAAAUGAUAAUGUUUGAAAAACUGCCAAUAUUAAUGAAAAAAUGGGCUCUUGAAACAGGAAAAAAUGUAACAGAGAUGGAAUAAAUUCCUAGUAUAAAAAAUAAAACAUUAUUUUAAGAAAAAAAAAAUAAACUACUAGAUUUUUCUGAUCCAGAAGAAUUAACAAAAGAUUUAUUUUAAACUGUGUAAUCUUUAGAUAAAAUAGAAAAAAACAAAAAAUAUGUAGAAAAUGAAAAAUUAAACGAAAAAAUUUGUUAAAAUUCUAAAUAAUUAAAUAAUUAGGGAAUUAGUAAAUUAAAAAAUUUUGAGGAGUCUAAUAGUAAAUUGUCUACUAAUUAUAUAUCAGAAUAAAGUGAGAAUUAAAAUUAGAGAAGUGAUUCUAAAAAUUAAGAUGAAAACUAAUAAAAUUCAAAUUCAUAACGAUAGUUUAAUUAAAACUAAAUUAACAAGGAAAACAAAAAUAUUAUAUCAAAAUUAAAUGAAGAUCAAUUUUUUAAUCAAAAUUAAUCUAUUUUCGUUGAUUAAGAAGAAUUACUUUAAAAUGAAAUUUAAGAGGUAACUCCUUAUUAAAUUAUUGAUAUUGAUGAUGAUAUAAUAUUAAAGAAUAUUUCAGAAGAUAAAUAAAAAAUUUAAUAAUUAAAAGUAAUUAAAACAGUUUCAAAUAGACUAUAUUAAGAAAUUAAUAAUAAAAGAUAGCAAGAUGUAGAUAUUCACUCAGUAAAUGAAGAAAUCAAUUAAAAGAAAAGUAAUUAGCAAUUCACUUAAUAAUAAGCAAUGUAUAUCAUUGAUGAUUGUAUAGAAAUCUAAAAUUAGCCUAAAAUAAAGAGUAAUAUUAUUUGUCCUAAUAUUCAAUCAGAUGUUAAUUAAAUUUAUGAUGAUAUUGAUAAUUUAUUUCAAAAUGAUAAUCAUAUAUCAAGCCCAGAUUCGAUAAUUAGCUCAUCUAUUUUAAUUAGUGAAUAAAGUAGUAUUUAAUUUGAUGAAAUUUAAAUUAACAAAACUUAAUUUGAAAAUAAAGAGUAAUUAAAUUAAUAAAAAAAUUUAGAGAUAAAUAAUAUUAAACCAUUAAGACAAGAAGAACAAUAUAAAAAGGAUUCUGAUUUGGAUAAAAAAGAAAAUUAAAAAAAUAAAAGUAAUAAUAAGAGAUAAAAUUAAAAAAAUAACAAUUAAAAUUAACAGGUAAAGAGUAAAGAAAGAAAAUCUAAGAAUGAUUAAUAAGAAAAGAAGAGAACUAAAAGUUCAUCAUAAAAUAAAGAAAAAAAUAAAGAAAGUAAGAAAAGAAAGAGUAUUGAAUAAAAAAAUACUUAAGAAAUUCUAAAAACCUUUUAAACAGAAUAAGAAGCUAAAGAGAAAUAGAAAGAAGAUUUGAAAAAAAAAGAAAAAGAAAUAGCUAAUUCAGAAAAUAUCAAAAAAGCUGAGUAAAAGUUUGAUAAAUUAAGAAACGAUGGAAGUGAAUAUUAGAAAGAAUAUAAUCAUCCCUAAUAACUAUCCAAAAAAAAAGAGAUUGAAGAAGGAGGAUUAAAAGAAUAUAAAUAAUAUCAAAAUUAAUAUAAAAAGAAUUAAUAACCAUUUUAAUAAUCUCAACAAAAUUUUAAUAACAUCAAUCAGAUUCAAGAAAAUACUCAAAGAUUAAAAUCUCAAGAGAAAUAAAUUCAAGAACCUUAAAUAGUGAAUAACUCUCAAAAUUAAUAAAUAAUUUUUAAUAUUUAGGAUAGCUAAUCAAAUGGAUAUAAAGAUUAAAAUAAUGAAAAUCUUAAUUAGGAGGAAUAAUCAAUUUAAAAAACACACCUAUAAAACUACUAAUAAUUUGAUAGAAACUAACAUAAAUAUCAAAAUUAACCAGAACAACUUAAUAUUCAGUAAAAUUUUAACUAAGGAUAAAAUAAUUAUGCUUUUGCUUUUGAAUAAUAUGGUAAAUAAGAAUUUUUAACCAAAAAAGAUUUGAAACUUUAGAAAAAUAUAACGAAAUCAGUUGUAAAUCCUGUUUAAUAUGAUCUUGUUUAAUAAUAAUCUCCCUUUAAUUAUGGAAAUGCUCAAGAAUAAAAAUAAUCAUAAUAGUAUAUAUAACCCAAUUAGCAUUAAUAAUAUUAACAUCAAUAAUAAUGCUAACAAUAUUAAUAAUAAUAAUAGUAAUUUUAAUAACAGAAAUAAUUUUUUAAUCCAUAAAAACAUAAUGAUAAAAAAUUUAGAAAUAAUUAGUCUUCCUAAAAAGAUUUCUAUAGAUAAAAACAACAAUUUCAGAAUCAAUAAGAGACUCACUCAUAAAAAUAAAGAAAAUAUAAUCAUAGUUAUGAUCAAUAUUCCCAAAAUUAAAAUUUUAAUUUUAUAUCAGCACCAUAGUCCAAUAAUAAUGUAUAACCACCUUAUCCUUAAUUCAAUUAAAUGAAUGAUCAUUAAUUUUUUAUUUAGAAUCCAUGUCCUCAUCCAAAUAAUUCUAUUAAUCCAUCUAUUUAACCAUCAAAAAAAUAAAUGUUUGAACUUUUUUGUUAAAUGUUUAAGGAUAAAUUUUAGUAGCCAGAAUGA